GAUACACAUAAUCUCUUUUCAUCUGUAUGUUUAGACGUUUAGCCACCUCUCCCAUAUUCAAACGAGCCAUGUCCACGGAAAAGCCAAUCAUUUUUGCCCCAGAGACUUACCAAUACAAGAAGGGAACUUUGGAUGCCACCGAUCUUAAUGUCAGUCCUAUUGAACAAUUCCACCAAUGGUUUGCUGAUGCCAAGGCUACCACCACCAAGGAAUCCCUGUUGAUCCCAGAGGCUACCACUUUCUCCACUGCAAGACUUCCUUCAGGUCGUGUUUCGUCACGUAUUGUCUUGUUCAAAGAACUUGACCUGCACGGAUUUGUGGUGUAUUCCAAUUGGGACAACUCCAAGAAGGCUCUUGAUUAUGAGUCGAACAAAUAUGCCUCUUUGACAUUUUUCUGGCCACACAUUGAGCGCCAAGUACGAGUCGAAGGGGUUAUGGAAAAAGUUUCUCGUGAAACUCUGGAACGUUAUUUCAACACUAGACCUCGUGGGUCCAAGAUUGGAGCAUGGUCAUCCCCACAAUCUCAAAUCAUUAAUGCUCGUGAUGAUUUGGAUAAACUUUACAAAGAGAAUGAAGAAAAAUUUGCCGACAAGGCUGAUGAUGAGAUCCCAUGUCCUGAGUACUGGGGUGGAAUGAGAAUCGUUCCUUUGGAAGUUGAGUUCUGGCAAGGUGGUAUGAGUAGACUUCAUGAUAGACUUACUUACAGAAGAGACACAGUUAAUGGUGAAUGGGAAAUUGUUAGAAUAGCUCCUUAGAUACGAAUACAUGAU